AUCAUAUCAUCAGUCAGUGACAGAAUGCAGUCAUAGAACAGCUUCCAUCCUCUCAUCUUCUCAGUUUAUCCCGUUCUCCAAUCCGACUGCCACAAGGAAAGCUGAAAGUUAAGUUUAAUCUUCUUCCCAAUGAUAGUCUAGUGGUCUUUUUGCCUCUUGGGUCACGGGGAGGCUCGUUCAUGAAUAGAUAGUAAGAGUAAGCACAACAACACGGAGCAACAGCGCGCGCUGUAGAACUUAAGCCAUAUUUUUUCGAAGAAAGCGACUUUCCCUGCUGUUGCAGCUCACAACUGCUGCUGCAUGCUGCUGAGUGGCCAUGUGAAGCCGAAUAACUCAUUCACUAACUCACUUACCUCGACGACGUUCUUCAACAUCCACAGAUUGAUUACUUUGCUGCUGGAGUGAGGGAGCAGGCAGGCAGGCAGGCAACAGGCAAAAAAACUGAGCGCUCCGCAAGCAACGAGGCAGACUUGUGGAGAGUCUGAACUGAAGACAUGAGACUGGGUAUCGCUUCUCGGCCUUUUGGCUAAGAUCGAGUCCCACAAGUCAAGAGGUGGACAUUGAAGAAGAAUUGGCACAGCAUCGUAGAGAGCAACACGAGAAGGGUGAGUUUAGCGUCACUUGUGGGACUUUCUCCCUGUUAGGACCUGUCGGUACGACGACCAACGCCCACUGCCACAGGUACCCUAACGGGGGAAGUGCUUUGGCUCUUGGCUUCGGCCACUAGCUAGGGCAUGGCCGAGAAGCUUGCUCCAAAGGGCAGUAGGCCCUCUGGGAGCAAAGAUCUAGUAUCUUUUAAUGAGUUAGAGAGCAGUUCUUGUGGAGAUACUGAUUCUGCCACAGAACGCCAACGUCUUGCCACGCAUCAAAAGAAAAUGCGUAAGUUUAGAGUACCGCAGGUACCCUCGUCUCGAAGAUCGAAACCUGUCCGUUUACCUCCCACAUCUGCCUCAGAUGUCGUGAGCCGCCCGUUGUUGCCCACAAGCGCCGCCGAAUCAACUCCCAGAAUUGCCACGGGAGAAAACAGCCGUCCGUCAAAAAGUCCCUCAAUUGCUACAGGAGCAGAAAGUCCCGUAAUCGCAACAGGAGGAAGAAACCGUCCCUAUGCUGUAGACCAGACAGGUCGUCCUCCCCGAAGCUAUGCAGCUGCUGCUACAAUCGCUCUCACGGAAGUUAUGGUGGGGAGGUCAGGUAACCUGAGAAGCAACCCACCCAUGGGAAGAGACAGGCCGCGAUCCAUCUGUGUCCACGCUACAGAUGGGCUGAUCGACUGCAGGGCCUUCAUUCAGAAGCUGGCAAAUAACGACCUCAAACCAACUCACCUCCAAAAGCUGCCAAAUGGGGACCUGGAAGUUACUUUUGCGUCGAUUGGGGACAGAGACCAGUUCCUUAGCCUAGAAUUUGUUCGUCGCCCGCGAAUACCAUGGAAGCCGGGUCUUCAGCAUCCACCCCCUGUAUGGGUUCGCAUCUUCCACGUUCCCGCGGAGCUGCUGCCGGAAAUUGUACAGAAGAGGAUGGAGAAUUUCGGUCGUGUCCUGUUUGCUAGGGAGAAUAUUCACCCUGGUACAGAUAUAGGAAAUUGUGCGAUGACCCUUAAAAUGGUCAUCAAAGAAGCCAUUCCUAGCUAUGUACACGUUGGUCCAUACUGUCUACUUGUUCGACAUGAGGCCCAGCCAAUGACUUGUCGGAGAUGUGACAGUAGGGACCAUUUCGCCGCCAAUUGCACCAUUAAAAGGUGCUUUAACUGUGGGUCUAAUGGCCAUAUCAAUGCCGACUGCCCCAAGGCCAGUCGCUGUCAGGGUUGUGGUUCGACUGAGCACCAUGUUGUUCAGUGCGAUGCCGCAUGGACUUCCGAGGCAAACAGGUACAUCGACUCCUCCUCUGCUGCCUCUACCGACGACGAAGCCGACAGCAUUUCCAUUCCAGAAACGCCG